AUGAUUCAGAAAAUGCAGAAAUAUAUUUAAAUGAUUUUAAAGGAUAUUGGUAACCUUAUUACUUUGUUAGAUUCAAUUAAUGUAUCAUUACUGUCAAAGAAUAGCAAACCUAAUAUUUCAUUUAAACUUAAUCUGAUCGAAUUUUAGCUACCCUUACUGAAUUAAGCAAAACCUUUGCAUCGGAUUCUCCGCAAAUAAAAUGGAUAAAUUACGAGAAAACUCCUUGAAUAGAAUUGCUAUCUUUAUUAUCUAAUGAAAAACAUCCGCACUCUUCUAUUUCUCCCAAGGCAUCCUCAUUUUAAUUACCUCUCAAUUAAUCAGCACUGA